CCUGCGGGUGCCUAUUGUUGCUGUUUGGAUCAGGCUGUCCUAUGAAGAACCAUGAGCUGGACUUGUCCGCAGUGCCAGCAACCCGUUUACUUCGCUGAGAAAGUGAGCUCCUUAGGCAAGAACUGGCACCGUUUCUGCCUGAAAUGUGAGCACUGUCACAGCGUCUUGUCCCCUGGCGGGCAUGCAGAGCACAACGGGAGGCCAUACUGCCACAAGCCUUGCUAUGGGGCUCUCUUUGGACCUCGAGGGGUCAACACUGGUGGUGUGGGUUGCUAUCUCUACAGUCUCCCUGUUCCCUCCCCUGCCAGCAGAGUUUCCCUCAGCCCCAGCAACUUUAGCCCCCCAAGGCCAAGGGCUGGCCUCCCCCGGGCCAAGAAAAGCCCUCCCUACACGAAGACAUUCACUGGGGAGACCUCACUGUGCCCUGGAUGUGGAGAACCCGUCUAUUUUGCGGAGAAGGUGAUGUCUCUGGGCAGGAACUGGCACCGACCUUGCCUCAGGUGCCAACGUUGCAAGAAGACCUUGACGGCUGGGAGUCACGCAGAGCAUGACGGCAUACCCUACUGCCACAUCCCCUGCUAUGGAUACCUGUUUGGCCCCAAAGGUGUGAACAUUGGCAAUGUGGGCUGCUACAUCUAUGACCCAGUGGAGAUAAGAUCCAAAUAAGCCAUUCAUGGGAGUGACCAUCCUAACUCAGGCUUCCCACCCUCUCCUCCAUGGUCCAUUGGAAGCUCUGGAAUUCCCUAGUCUUUUCGAGAGGGAGAAGAAAUCCCGGGGCCUGGGCCUAGGCUCCGCAGUAGACCCGACUCUAGACUUUCUCUGCCAAUUCUUUGCUCCCCCGUUCCUAUUUGGAUAGGCUACCCCACUUAGAAUGGCGAUCUCCUGGUUUCUCAGUUCCUUCUCCCAGCAAUGCUGGCGUUUGAGGUCAUUUACCAAGUCUGGGCUCUCUGGCUACUCUAAUAAAACGUUGACUCUCAUGCCUUCAGCUCUAUAGCUGUGGAGCCUAGACAGUAUGGGGAGCAGAAGCACAAGUCUGCUGCCUCAGAGGUAGCCUUGGCAACAAGAAGCUCUAUCUGUUGGUCCCGGCCUUGGAACUGGGCAGAUCCUAGCCCUGUACCGUCGACAGCCUACCCAUCAGCCUCACGUGUACUUGAGAUAAUCAUAGGACUUUAGCGACAUUUCUAGAAUCGCCUUGUUCAGUUUGAGCAUGACAAUAAAUCCUGUCUUCGA